CCUCGGAAGCAUCAGGUAAAAGUAUAAGGUUUGUUUUCAUAUUCAUAAUGAUUACCUUGUACUUGCGAGGAUAUCCUCCAAGAAGAAGUAAAAGGUUGACUGGUAUUUGUAUCUUGAACGACAUGUCCUGACUUGUUUCAGCUUGUAGUUGACGUGGGAGUUCGUUCACUCAGCAUCACUGACAGUUGUACUCCAGAGCUUACACAAAC